AGCCACCUAGUCACUGUUUUACUCUGAGUAUGAAUUUUCUAUCCUCUGCUUUUCAACCCAAAUAUUUAGGGUGGAAUGAGUGCAGGAAUCCAUUGGGGCUCAGAAAACAUGAUGGCAGUGAAAAGCAAUGUUCAUAUAAUUCUCUUUUUGCCAUGUUUUCAUCACGUCAAGGUCAUGCUAAAGUUCAUAUCAAAACAGGGGAAGGAGACCACACAUGGGUCAGGCGGCGGUGAUGAUGAAUUGGAGUGAAAAUGAAUGGAAUAGCCAAAAUGAAAACAGAUGGAAAAGAGUUGUCUGUUUUGGAUUAAUAUGGAUUAAAGAAGACGAGUGUGUGUGUGUGUGAGUCUGAACGCAGGCCUCGUCAUUUGGCACUCCUCCUCACUAUGUGAUGAGCGAAGACUGAAAGUGGAGCGGCGAUGAGAAACUAACCCGUAGAGACGCUGCAGACGGUAUGAUGGCUUUCCUUCAGCAAAUGCGUUCCCCCGAGCUCUCCUUCAUCCAGACUGUCGUGUCUCUCUUCCUGGCUGCCAUGGCGCUCACGUCCUCCAACUGGUGUGUGGGUAAACAGAAGGUACCCAAACCUCUGUGUUCACCCAUCAAGCAUAGCAAAUGCAUCCCAGUUCCCGGUGUGUCCAACUCGUCCAGCAUCCAGUUCUCCUGGGAGACGGGAGACGACCGCUUUGUCUUCCCCGUCUUUCACACGGGUCUGUUUGUCACUUGCGAGGAGAACAUCUACACGGACGCGUGGGAGGAGAAGUGUCGAGGGUUCUACACUUUGACUCCGAGAUCUGAAAAAGCCAUGAUGUGGCUGUCGUUGUCCAUGGAGCUGAUGUACGUGGCUCUGCUGUUCAUCAGCUGCAUCCUGCUGUCCGUGCAGUUGUGCAUCAGGGCCUGGUGCCCGUCCACUCAACGCUGGGGCCAACUGCUUAACGCCUUUGCUGCUGUCUUCACAGUUUUGGGAGGUUUGCUCGGAAUGGUGGGUCACAUGAUGUUCAUGCAGGUGUUUCAGACUACAGUGUCCAUGGGUCCAGAAGACUUCAAGCCUCACAGUUACGGCUAUUCUUGGGCAUUUUAUGUGGCCUGGUUCGCCUUCACUGUCUGCAUGUCAGCUGGCGUGUCCACCCUAAACAACUAUACAAAAAAUGUCCUGAUGGUGGGAGCCCGACUUAACUCCAGCCUCAACCCUUUCAACUUUGUGGGACUCCUGCCCCCGGCACCUUAUUUCUCCACACCCAACUCUGGCAUGGGCCAUGCUUUUCACCAAUCCAAUGCGCCAAUCUCUCAUUUGUCCCCUUACUACGAUCAACCACCGACCAAGUCACCGCCGCCCGGUAAGCCGUCCCUUUGUAUUCCUCUAACUCACUCUGUGUCCUUUCCUCCUCCGUCUUCUCACCUUGCGUCUCCUUUGCAUCGCUCGUCCCUCCCAUCUCCAUCUCACUUACCUAGAUCAUCUCCUGUUGCCCAUAGACAGGAGAACAUAGUUCCCCUUUACACACCUCAGGAAUACUAUGGCCCUCUUUGAACUCUUAUGGUACAGUUCAUUCGGCCGGAUGUGAACAGUUCUAGAACUCAGGUGGGAAUCAAGUCUGGUUCCAAAUUGGAUGUUUUUGCUCCAUGCUGUUUUGAUGAGUACACCAAAGUUUUAUUCCUGCGAAAACCUUUUCUGUGAUGUCAUUUGCCUUUUUUUUUUUUUUUUUACCAUGCAAAGAAGAAUAACCAGGUGGGAAAUGGACUUAACAAGCCUAUUAACCGAUUCAUAACAGAGAAAAAAAACAUAGCUCUGAAAGCAUUUAUUAUGCACUUGGGUGAAAUGGAAGUACUUUUAAUGACAGGAUAUAACCAGCCAAAGCCCAAGGAUGGAAAGGAUAAUGAUCUAUUAGAACAAAACCCACAAAUUACAAGCAUUGGUCGGGAAUCUCUUUUUAUUAUCGUAAAAAUAAUCAUCCAUGAUGACAAACAACAAAACAGAACAGCAUUAGAUAUACAAAGCAUAACAGGAAACAUAUUUACAUUUAAUUAUGUAAAGGCAGUGUCAAUUCCUAAGUCAGCAAUAUGACAUUUAGAAGGUGAAAAUUAUUCUUACCAUAGUAAAAUUUAUCAUUUAAAAAAAAAA